GUACUCAGGGGCAGGUAACUCUAAAACACGAUCAUUCGACCGGUGUGGGCUGUUACUACCAACAUGGUGUACGAGAUCCGGGUUACCGACGCUAGGUCAUCAAAUGUCCUAGCAACAAUUGCAACGCUGUCUCCGACUGCCACUAUUGCUGAUGUGAAGAGAGCCUUUGAAAGAAUCAGAUCAAAGUAUUACCCUGACCGGCAGUCAUUUCGUACUGAACCAAGGGGCAAAUCAUUAAAAGAUGACCAAACUCUGGAGAGUCUUGGCAUGAGAAGUGGUGGAGAAUUAUUCUUCAAAGAUUUAGGGCCUCAAGUCGGCUGGACAACAGUAUUUUUGACUGAGUAUGCUGGUCCUCUAGCUAUCUACCUCGGGUUCUACACACGACCUGCCAUCAUCUAUGGAGUUGAGGCAGCGCUACAACCAAAGCCAUUUGUUGUGGAUAUAGCUGCAGCUUGUUGGACAUUCCACUAUGCCAAGCGGCUCUUCGAGACAGUCUUCGUACACAGGUUCUCUCACGCCACCAUGCCCAUCUUCAACAUCAUCAAGAAUUCCAUGUACUACUGGGGCUUUGCAGCGUUUGUUGCCUACUUCGUGAACCAUCCCCUGUACACACCUCCAGCAUAUGGAGACCUGCAGAUCUAUGGUGGACUCGCAGCUUUUGUUUUUGCUGAGCUGGGCAACCUGUCAAUCCACCUGGCCCUCAGGAACCUCCGCCCUGCAGGGUCCAAAGUGAGAAAGAUUCCGUAUCCAUCAGCCAACCCAUUUACGUGGUUGUUUGGGGUUGUGUCUUGUCCCAAUUACACGUAUGAGACGUUGGCCUGGGUCGGCUUUACUGUCAUGACCCAGUGUCUGCCAGCGGGUCUUUUCACCCUUGCCGGCUUCUACCAAAUGACUGUGUGGGCAUUUGGCAAACAUCGAAACUACCGUAAGGAUUUCAAGGACUAUCCACGAGGCAGAAAACCCAUUCUCCCCUUCCUUCUGUAGAUCAACGGCUCAACUUUCAUAGCACAUUUAUCACAAGCAUAUCUCAUCACAAACAAAGGAACAAGGAUAGGUAUAUGUCAGUCCUAUCAGGAUAUUGGUGCAGACUUUUCUGUGCAAUGGAUAUCCUUGAGCCCACUUGUACUGAGUUGCAAAACUAUAAUAUUCCUCUGUAGGACAGUUAUCAUGAUAUUUGAUUAUGUUAGAUAUACAUCUUCACUAAAAGAAUGUAGUGUCGAAUUAUUAUGUCUUGAGAGUGGGAUGUUAGAACAACAUCUCUUUGUUUAUAUCGAUCAUAUGAUGUGGCAAGAUUUCUAGAUGAAAUCUCGCCCUGUCCAUGUUGGUUUCGUUUUAGACGUGUCAUAAUCCUGACUUCAUUUUUACUUUGUAUAUUUUGUGUUGUGAAAUAAAGUCUUUCUGUCUUU